UGGAGGGAGCUUGUCACUCCCUAGCAGUAGCAUUAACCACAACCUCAGCAUCCAAAUCGGAAGGCAGAAGGCUUUCUUUCCUGGUUGAAAAAAAAUCAGAAAACAUGCCAGAGCAAAGUAAUGAUUACAGGGUGGUGGUGUUUGGAGCAGGAGGAGUUGGCAAAAGUUCACUGGUCCUGAGAUUUGUUAAAGGGACCUUCAGAGACAGUUACAUCCCUACAAUUGAAGACACUUACCGGCAGGUGAUCAGCUGUGAUAAGAGCAUAUGCACUUUGCAGAUUACGGACACAACAGGGAGUCAUCAAUUUCCUGCCAUGCAGCGCUUGUCUAUUUCCAAAGGACACGCAUUUAUUUUGGUCUUUUCGGUCACCAGCCGGCAGUCUUUGGAGGAACUCAAACCCAUUUAUGAGCAGAUAUGUCAGAUCAAAGGGGAUACAGAGAGCAUUCCAAUCAUGCUGGUGGGAAACAAGAACGACGAGGACCACAACCGAGAGGUACAAACCACUGAUGGUGAAGCCAUGGCCAAAAAAUGGAAGUGUGCCUUCAUGGAGACCUCAGCUAAAAUGAACCACAACGUCAAAGAGUUGUUCCAAGAGCUGCUGAAUUUGGAGAAACGUAGGACUGUGAGCUUACAAAUUGAUGGCAAGAAAAGCAAGCAGCAGAAAAGGAAAGAGAAACUGAAAGGCAAGUGUGUGGUCAUGUGAAAGGAUCCUUAUUCUGGAGCAGUCAUGCCAAUGUCGUCUUCUAACUGUACCAGAUUUCAUGCCCCUAAGCCAUGGGAAAAUUGGUGAAAACUGUUUUAUUAAUAGCAAUUUGGAAAGAAAAGUAUUUGAAUCAAUGAGUUGUUUGAAGUAAAAGUACUUUCAAGAAGUUGUCUUUUCAUAAAUUAGCCAUUAACAAGAACAAUAAAUUGUUCCAAAGGCACAAAGGUGUCUAACUUCCAGAUCAGAAAUAAUAACAUGUCCAUGUUCACUGGCAUUACUAUUGCAAUGAAAGGAUCUGGUAACUAACCAUUUAAAGAUAAAUGCUAGUGUUAUGUACAGAAUAAUGAACGAUGCAUGUGGGUGUGUACUCACAUCCAUACACACAUAUUUGGCAGACUUAGUUUUAUUUUAUUUAGGCAUUAGGGAAAUGACUUUCCUAGACUGUAAAUUUUUUCUGCUUCUACUAUGUCUUGUUUUUUUCUCACUAAUUCCUUACCCUCCUAAGUAAUGUGUAAAAUAAUCCUCCCUCUUGUACCCAGAAGAACUGCUGGAUGCAUGGGCAAAGCUCAAUAACCUUCAGUUCUACUUGCAGAUAGUUCAGUUCAGAGACUGCAAUUCAACAUGGCAUGGAAAUUAUUAGAAAAAUAGGAUACCUGGGAGAGGAAAUAUUUUUGAUCAAAGGGUAAAAUUAAACAAUGUUUCUAUAGUUCUUAACCUUCUGUAUAUUUAUUUGUACCAAAUACCAAAUAAUACUAAUGAUGUUCUAUAAUCUGAAGAAUUUCUAAUUUAUAAAUUUAUUGAGGUGAAUUACAGUUAUAAUCCAUCAAUUGUGAAGAGUUAAAACUAUUAAUUUACUAUAGACUGAUUAGGAAUAUUUGUGCUGGGGAACAAUCAUAUGUUACUUGGAGGGCAACCAAAGAGCAUACUUGUCUCUAUGGCAUAGACAGGGAGAUCCAUACUUUUAUGCCAGAAGUGCACUGAUACAAAUAUGUGGAUGUUUCUCUGUAAUAUUCAGCCUCAGGACGAAAGAAGAAUGGUAACAUCCAAACACUAGUUCCAAAAUCUGAUUGUUCCCCAGACACAUAAAUAAAACCACUGAGACUACACUAGUCUGGAGUUGGUGCAGAUAAUAUUUUUUAUCAGUAAUGGGAAGAAGUAAAAUGAAAUUGCUUGCUAACCUUCCCCCUUAAAAUAGACAUGCAGUACAUCCCACUCUGGUUGCAGCAAACCACAGAAGUUGUGAAUAUGGCUCCACCAGGAAAUUUUAAGUGACCCUUGGAAUUAGGAAAUUUCGAAAACAAUCUCCUUCCUCAAUGAAUCAUUUUCUGUGCACAGUAGACAUCAAGGAGUAUCACUAAGGUUGAAAUGGAUUAAACAUUCUCAUGAGUGGGUUGGCCCCACCGUAUAGGGCAAAGACACACUACCAAAACACUUGGAUGCAGCUAUCCAAGAACUCAAAAAGUUGUUAUCAGGUUAUCAUUUCUCAUGUGAGAAAAGGGAGAAACAGUCUUAAGUAUAUAUUUUAGGAAAGGAGGAAUUGAAUUUAAAUGGAUCCUCCAUGAAAAUUGGAGGGAAGAUUAGAUAGGAAAAAAACCUCAUCCCUGUCAUACUCUCAACAAAUCUAAGCUGAAGCUUCAUUUUAAAGAUGAAUCAUUUAGUUAUGUUUAGUACCAAAGAAUAAUAAUCUUAACUAUGUUUCAUAGUAAUCAAAUAUUAAUUUAUUUUUUCUUCCUUCCACACUAUCCAUACCAUUUCUUGAAUUGGUCUCUGGUUUGCCCUUCAGGCCAAAUAUGGCAUACCCCUUGGAGAAGACUGUAAGAUUCUUUGAAUCUUAUUUGCAAACAGAUGUGGAUUCAGGUUAGCCUUGAUUAUUUUAGACAACUGAAACCUCUGCAUUUAUAUUAUAGCACAUUAAUCAGAACAUUUCUCUGAUUAAUAUGAGGAGAAUGGAGUCUUUUGAGUGGUAUAUUGGUAUUUUAGCAAAUGCAUAUAUAAAAAGUGAGGCAAUAUAGCAAAAUAUUCAUAAAAAUAGGAUGUGUGUUUCACUGUGAAAGUCACUGAAGAGGUGCUUUUAAUGCAUUGUCCGUUUUUAACUAGGUAUUGCUCAUGAUGUUGUUAAUGGUGUGAAUCCUUCCAUCUUAGCUGCCCAAACACAUUUCUGUUCUGCACAAAAAGAAUAAUUUCAGGCAAGCAAGGAUCCUGCCAUAUGAAACCAUAGCUCAUUUCAAAUGAAACAUAUAUUUUUUUCAUUUUUUGUAGAGGAGAAAUAAAAAUGGAUGAACCUAAGGUGAAGAUAGAUGCCCUUUAUAAAUGUUUGAUCUUGAUAGAACAAAUGUGUGUGUGUGGGGAGUGAAGUGUUACAGCAGCAACUUGCACCUUUAAACAACACACAUUCAUUUGAACAAGAAAAUCUGUCUUCUGAUGUUCCAGUAAAGGAGGGGUAGGGGAGGAAUACAACUUUAAUAGUGCUCCUCUCAUAUGGUUAUUUGUUCCAGACUGAAUGCCGGAGAUGAUUAAUGGUGUUCUCUGAAAUGUGGUGGAAAUUAUUUUGACACCCAUUCAGUACAUGUUGAAGCAAUUGUUUUCAGGACAUCAAAGCCUGUUAAAACUUCCUCCACAUUUAGGAACUAUAAGAUGGAUCCAAUAGCUUCUUUUUUUGUCUGAGUCAGAAUCUCCAGGAGAAGGAAACCAAGGAGACCAAGAACCAACAUCCUUAGUCUAUUAGUGAAAUCUAGUGUCAAUUAGGAUUUUGUUGUAGCUUACCCUGAUGUGAGAACCAGCGGUGGGUUUCAAUUUAUUUUACUACUGGUUCGCUCAUGCACACGUGUGCGUGCAAUGCUUCUGCACACGAACAGAAGGAUUUGGGCAGGUGGACAGAGCCUCCCGCUGCUGCCACUACCAGUUCGCCCGAUCCGGGCCGAACCGGCAGAAAACCACCUCUGGUGAGAACCCAUCCAAUUAGGUUAAUUUAUGAUUUAAGGUAUUGUGUGAACCCAAAUAGAGAUAACUACACUUGUUGUCUGGAUUCAUUGGACACAGCACAUUGAUUUCAUUUAACAAAUGCUUCCAAUUCAGUCUUUUUUUUUUUUUUUUACAAAGGAACAGUACAUCUUGUUUUCAUGUUUUCUUUUAAUUUUUUUGCAUCAGGUUUGUCAUUAGAAAGAAUCUCUUUAAAACCACAUAAAAGCAUAUGAUCAUUUUUAAAAUUUAUUUUCUGUUAAACAAGUUGAUUUUUCAACUAUCACAAAAUCCAACAGCAUUUAGUAGGUCCAAUAAUUCCAUAUAGAAACACAUUAUUGGCUUCUUUUGUUUUUAAGCAUGCCUUCAUGAAAAGGGUUUUCACCCUUUCCAUUUAAGACUCCAUUAAGGAAAAUAAAAACUCCAGACUGAAAUAAAUUUUGAAACAUAAUCUAGUAGCUGCUUGCUAAAAAUGCAUGUUACAUUUAGAAUCUACUUACAAGCAAUGAAUACUUUGAAUUAGUAUUUCAAGACCAACCUAAACAUGAUGUAAGAAAAGACAGCUCUUAGUUCCUCUUUCCUUCAUAAUUUUUGCCAACUUCAUUCCUAGGUCUAUUUUUCAUAACCUGCAGAAAUUGAAUAGAUCAAUUCCGAUAUAUUUCUUUGGAAUCAUUUAAUACUUUAAGGCAUCCUUGAACAUUGAAGUCAUCCAAUUCCGGUAGCAUUUCUCUGGCUUCUUGUAGCAAUAUUUGCUCCAACAACACCUGUUUAUCAGGGAUGCUUCCUAUUUUAUGGUAAUAAUUGCUGGCUAAUUAGUGCUCUUCUUUGUAAUUUGGAGAGUAGUUUUCUAGCCACUUGCUGUACCUACUAUGCUUUAGGAUGUAUCUUCUUUCUGAAUUAACUCGGGGGAUGUGGGAAAGGUGGGUGAGGCUGGACUUGAUCUGAGACAUUUUUUGGCAGUGGUGUCACUGAAAAAGAGAUGCUUUAGUGAUGAUUAAAUUAAAUCCCAUUGUUUCAUGUAUGCGGUUCUGUAAAACUACAUACAGAUAUUAACCAUGAUUUAUUCUAACGGCAAUGCAUGUGCAUGAAUAUAGAGGUACCAGGAAGCACAUAGCCUGCCAAUUCACAAAUUCACAGAUGCAAAAAAAUAAUAAUCUUUAGAUCUUCCAUUAGGGCAAGACAGUUCAUCUCUUUUUAAUCAAGCCAGAAGAGCUAUGGUUUUAACUCAGUUUAAUAUGACCAGCCACGCACAAAAUAAAACCUUCAGAAAUAUCUCAUUGCAUGUUUGUGUGUGAGAAAGGAGCCUCACUUGGAUGCUACAAAUAUGCUUUCAUCACUGUAAGGCUGGGAGAUAACUAAAGCAGCCCCACGGAACAGCCUGUAACUCCCAGAAAAACUAUUAAUAGAACUUUCCUUGUAAAUGCAUGACAUCCCUGUCAAAGAAGCUUGUACAAAUCCUUCUUAACUUCAUUCAGUCUAUAUUAUCUUUAAAAAAAAAAGGACAGUUCAUUUAUUUCCCAAAUCCUGUCUGUGAUUGCAAAUCUAAUCAUUUGUACCAAGGAGAAACUGAAACAAUCAAUUUUAAACAUGUAAGUGUUCUAUUUAGAUUCCAGAAAUUAGAGGAUAUUUUAAAUAGGUAUGCAUAUUAGGCUCUGUCCAAUCAGUCAUCUCUUGGAGGUCAUUAUUUAAAUGGAAACAUACAAUUCUUCUGUUGCUUGUUGAUCCCAUUCUUGUAAUAAUAGAAUAAGCCAUGACUAUAUUUCCUAGCCUUGCAUUUGCUGAGGCAAAGCUACUAUACAAGCAAUAUUUAUUCUUCUACCAGUAAUUCUAAGGAAGGUAUGUUUUAUAUUAUACCCUUUUGUUGUAAUUUAUAAUAGAUUUUACAUAUAUGUGUGUUUAUCAAAAUACAUGUUCACUCUUACAAUGUAUAGUUUUGUGGGAGUUUUUUGAUAGAAGACAGAAAUUCUUAGGGAAUAAAUAGUUAUUCGGUUUGUUACAUACGUGGUUUAUUUUCAAGUGUGAUACGAAUAAAUAUGAAAUGUUUGAAAAUCAAUAUUCACACAAAAAAAUAACUUGUUUAAACUUGUCAAGGGAUGCCAGCAUCAUGAACAUGUAAUAUGAAAAAGUAUGCUGUUCAAAAAGCAUGAAUUUUAUAUAAGUCUGCAAGCUAUUAAGAUGCAUAUUCAAGCGUAUUUAUUGUUAUAGUUUCAUUCAGUAAUAUUUUAUUCAAUAGCGUUUAUCAUGUACUUUGUGCCUCCAGGUUUCUAUGUUCCCUGUGAUAUUCUAUAAAUA